UCUCAGAGAUGGGUUGGCCAAAGUUCGUGUGGGCCAAGGUGCCUGGUGAGAGGGCACUGUGGCCAGUAAAACUAGUGUCUCAUGAUGACCCAAAAUCUACUGUUUAUUGUCGGGCUGAUGAUGCAGAGAUGCUGGUGAAAACAUCACAGAUCUAUCCAUUUCCUGGAAACGACUUUGACAUCUUAAAGGCAAAAGGCAUUGCUACUCUGCAGAAGAAGAGAGCAACUUUGAAAUGUUUUCUGGAUGAUCUUGACUGGGCCAAGUAUCAGAAAACUCUACCGGGCAAGGUAAAAAGUAGCCCGCUACCGAAGGAGAAUUGCACGGAUCAGAAUCUGCUCGUCGCGCUUAAAACCAACCAACUAGCUGCAACUGGCAGCAACACGUCCAACAGCGCCGUCACCAGCUUGCGCUAUGACAUUUACGAGGAGCCGUGCGUCGCGCGUGAUACACGUUGCGACGGUGCAGGCGCAGUGUGGCAGGCCUCUGCCAACGGUAGUGCCGGUGAUCGCGUUCAUGACGACGGCGCGCACAGCGGCCGAGAGGCAGCACAGUGCGUGUCAGUAGCGAGCGGGAAAACCUGCCGUGGAGAUCGCACGGGGGCAGUGUUCGACGACCUGAUACCCGUGAAGGACAACCGGGAAGUGAACGGGCAUGCCGCAGCUGUGACUGCUGUCGUAGCUAAUGGCGACAUCUGCACGCCACUCGCCUUGUCGCACUUUAUCGGCGAUGAUAGCAUAGGUGACGUGCCAGCAGACGGUCAGUUGAACGUAAAUGGUCUGGGUGGUAUGGGAAACUUGCAGUCGCAGCAUGCGUCUGGUCAGCAUACCCCACCAGAGGCACUUGGAAAGAGAGAUCUAGAGUCUGCCAGUGAAACCUCGGCAAAGUUCCGCUGUAUGCUUCAAAGUCAUGAUGCAUACAUAAAUGUAGGCCUACCCAAAGAUAUUGAGGCGAUGGAACCAAAAGCAGCAGAUAACAUAGAUGCUGACAUAGUUACACUUAUGGAUGGAUUGAGUGGGGUUGAGACCUCCAUAAUUGAUGGUAUAGUUGAUAGUUUAGGUAAAGGUGAAGCUACUUUAAUCGAGAGUGAUGUUACAACUAUCCUGAAUGAUGCAUCUGAUGAGUCUGAAGUGUUCCCGGUUAUUCCGGUUACAUCACAUUAUGCAGAUGAAAACUCAAGUGAAAAUGGCAAUGAUUCUGAUGAAGAUUAUAUUCCAGACAGUGACAGUGAUGUUAACAGCCAUGAUGGUGAAGUAGUAGAUAACAGUAAAAUCAGUUCUCCAAAGAAAAAACGUGUGAGAAUAGAUGACACAAAUAAAUCUCCAGAGAAGGAACGACUCCAAGAUGCAAAAGACUCUGCACAAAUGCAAGUAGAUAUGGAUGUAGAUGAUCAGCAAGAUGUUGAAGAUCCCGAUGAAGAUGAGAUUUUACGUGACAAAUUAAACCCUGGGAUUUUUAUAAGAAAGGUUAUGAAGACUUCUUUGGAUAGAAAAGGAUCCAAAAAGAAACUGAACCGAGUAUAUAACUCCUACCACGCAUGCCUUUUCUGUGACAAAUUAGUACAGCACAUCCCAGCACACAUGAAGACACACAAGGAUAUAAAAGAAGUGAAAGCCCUAUUUCAGGAGGCAAAGCAGACAAAUGAGGACCCGGAUUUCAAUAGUUUAAGGAGUCGGGGUGAUGAUAGGCACAACUGCAAGGUUAUAAAUUCUGGAAAGGGUGAAGUACUCUUAUCAAGACGGCCAACAGAUUCCUUCAGCACAUCUAAAUAUGGACCAUGUCCAAAGUGCAGGGACUGGAUGCUACUGACUACCAUACAGAGACAUCAAAAGAAAUGCAAAAAAACUAAUAAGGGGCAUAAAGGUGAAGAAACCAGUUCGAAGCGUGAUCUAUUACUGCAAUCUGACAUCAUGGCUGGACGUCUCAAAUCAACCCCUACUAAACAAUUACUGGAAGAGGUCUUCAGUAUAAUGACCAGAGAUGACAUCUCUAGAGUAGCACAAAAUGAUAUGCUACUGGUUGCUUUAGGAGAGUCUUGGCUCAGGCGAAAUCAGGAUAAUAAAAACAAACGCAAGUACUAUGCAUCACAACGUAUGAGGUUGAAUAGUCGCAUGCUAAUUGAACUGAGGAAUGAAGAAGACAGGGUUGUAGAGGAAAGGAACAAAGAACAAAGUAAGGUAGCUGAUAAACCUCCAGUCAAGAAUGUCAAGAAUUCAGGGUCUAUGUGGGAUUUUCUAACACCAGCAUAUUUCGACAAAGUUGUUCUGGCAGCAUUGAAAUGUGCCCUGCCAUACAUGGAUGAUGAGGAAGAACUUGCCGCACCUUCUAACGCGAUAAAGUUAAAGUAUGACAUAAAGAGGCUGUUACAUGCAAAGUGGGCAUUUGCCAUGAAAGUGAAACGGGAUGAGACAUCCGAGGCCAUAGCUAAGGAUUGUAAGAUUUUCUUAAAACUAAUUGAAGUAGAAUGGGCUGAGAAGGUGACAAAACUUGCCCGCUGGAUGUUGACCAAAAGGAGCUUCUCAAAAUCAAAAGAGAUACCUGCACCAGAUGACAUUCGGUGUUUAACUCAGUACAUGAUAGUCGAACUUAAAAAAUGUGACCUGAAGAACAGUGACAAAGAUACAUACCAUAGAGUAGUUCGUCUGGUGAUGACAAGACUGAUGUGCUACAAUAAGAGGCGGUCAGGAGAAAUGGAAUAUAUCAGCUUAAAGGACUACACUACUCGAAAAAUCAGCAUGUCAGAUGUAGAUGCUAGUCUUGUAGGCCAGCUCUCUCCAAUGGAAAAUUACUUACUACAGUCACAAGAACUCAUGACAGUUCGAGGAAAGAGAUCACGGGGAGUUCCUGUCCUGAUUCCGGAAGAUCUGCAGGCACCAUUAAUGUACUUGGCAAAGUCCAGUGUUCGAGAAAGUGCAGAAAUUCUUUCCAGUAACAAAUUGCUCUUCCCAAACUCAGCAAGAGGCUGUGCCAGAGCUUAUGACAGUCUGAGAACGAUAUGUGCCGAGCUUAACUUAAAGGCCCCAGAGCGCAUCACAAGUGUGUCAAUGCGAAAAUAUUGUGCAACACUCACACAGGUAUUGAACAUGACAGAAGCUCAACUUCAAUGGGUUUGUGAUCAUCUGGGGCACACAAAGGAAGUGCACCUACAACAUUACAGACAGAUGUCUGGAUUUCUUGAAAGAGUCCAUAUCAGCAAAUUACUGUUAAUGCAAGACAUGAAUCUAACAGGAAAAUAUGCUGGAAAGAGCAUUGAUGACAUCAGACUUGAAGAGAUUGUGCUUGGAGAAAAUGACAAUGGGCAAGCACCAGAUGAAUCAAAUAAUGUGGGAUAUGAUUUUGAGAAGGACCUGCUUAAAAUAGGGGACACUGAUCCUGAUAUUGACAUGAACAUUCCUGUUGAUGAAGAUUUGUCCAGCGAAGUUGAUUCACAAGAAGAGAAUGUCUCAAAGAUGAAAAGGAGAAAGAAGAGAGAAAGUGGCAUGCCAAGAAAUGUGAAAUGGACACCAAAAGAAGAGGAAGAGCUCAGAUUGUAUCUGUCAGAUUAUCUUGAUUCUAAGAUUACACCUGGAAGAGAAGCUUGUUUGAAAGCAAUUGAACUGAGCAAACAAAAUAAUGGUGAAUUACAUAGGAGGGUCUAUCAUAAGAUAGUCAAGAAGGUGUCAAACCUUAACAGAAGAUAAAGGACCGUUACAACAUUCUACUAUUUGUAGGAAAGGGAAGUUUCUUGUUCAUAGCUGUUACAAUUUGUUUGUUUCACAAGAGAAUGCUGGGGAAAAUACUAGAGUGAUGGAUGUGUAGUCUAGAUAGGCCUCAUUUUACACGUUUGAGAGUUAUAUUUGCUCAAAUUAGAGCCACAACAAUUAUUGGAAAAAAACAAAUAAUGCAAUAUGAGUAGAUGCAUGUAUCUAUCCAACCCUAAACAAUCUCUCGGUGGAUCUUUAUUCGCAGGGCCACUGCUGUUUAGGGGGAACUAUAUGAAAAUUCAGGUUGAUAACUGAAUUAUUUUUCGAGUUAUCCUUAAAAAACACAUGGACACUGAUGUUCCACUUUGCGUGUAGAUCAUUAUACUCAGUGAAAAUUGCGCCAAGCAUACCAUGACACAAUUGUAAGUAAAAUGGCAUAUUUUCCCCAGCUUUCCCUACAUGUACAUUGUCAAGUUUGUUUCAUUAUUUGAAUUUCUUGUUGCUCAGUUUAUUUGUUAUAUUCCAUAUGAUCUUAUUCAGACAUUGAAAUCCUUUCUAGUUCUUAUUGAAAUUUACUUAUCGCUGCAUUAAAAG